AUCAUUGCGGAAGGUCGCAAAGAAGAGAAAUAUCGUCCAAAAAAGCAUUUCUUUUGACUUUUUUGGCUGCUGAUGCUUGGCUGGUGGCUGCUACUUUUGUUCAAAAAACACAGAAACACAAAACCAUCGAGAACCGCUUACACAUUUGGCGUUUGAAAUUAAAGACAUUUCGGCGGUUUUUUAUCGUCAUACAUCGAUGUAUGCUCCUUCAUCAUAUGUUUUGACCAGUAAACGAAUUAAAUUCAAAUAUCGACAAGGAAUUUUUUGUGGUUUUAUCAAUUGCAUUGACAACAUAUAUAAAAGAAACACUUCAACGACUCUCAUCAUCGAACGAAUGUGAAACCACAUCACACCACAUUGGAUUGUUAGUAAAAAAAAAAGAAAAACGAAACGAAAAAGAUUUUCACAUUCUUCUUAUCGAAUAUGCGUGUUGUGUGAUAAAUUGUGAAUUUAAAUCAGUGCUAGUGUGGUACGUGACAUUAAUCGACAUCGUUUUAAACACAUAUAUUCAAGAGUUUGCGUUCUUUUUUUUGUCGUUGUUUUCAUUCGGAUAUUUUCAGUUUAUUUAAUAUUUGAAAACUAUUCACAGCGCAUGCGCACAGUGUUAUAUCAAACGGUUAAAGUCGGCUUUGAUUGAUUCUCCUGUUUAUUUUUAAUUUUGCACAGUGUAAUCAAAACGAUUGUUGAGCAUUUAAAAUUACACCAACAAUUCAUGGGGCAAUAACACACACACACACACAUUUCAAUGGACAAGCUUAUUUUAAAAUAAAUGGAAUGAGACACCUAGAAACUGCCCAUUUGAAGCAAAACAAAGAGGACAAAUAAAACUAGACUAGAACUUCUGAUUGCUAUUGAACAAAUUAAUUGGAACGUAAAACGAUCAAAUGGAUGUGCAAUCGAUGUAACGCCCGUUGCGGUAAUCAGAUAUAUUAAUGUUUGGAAAAAUGUAAAAAUUGAUUAAAAUUGAGCGUGAGAUAAAUACAACAAAAGAGAGCGAGAGAGAAAAAAAGCAACGAAUAGAAGAGGUAUAGAAUCGCUUUAGAAAAGAAAAGAAAAGAAAUAUUAUUAUUUAAAACAUAGUAGCCAAAUGAAGCAAAGAAAACAUCAACGUAACUUCUUCAAUGAUUUUUGAAUGAGAAAAAAUUCGCUUAUUACCAGUAACGUUUUAACUGCAUUUCGAGAAUUCACAUUGUUGACCGCCUUUUCUUUUCUUUUUCAUCUGAAUGAAACGCUUAGUUUCACCGAAUAAUGUGUUUAUUCGUUUCAACCGUAUUAUUUGCAUAGUUCACGCGCACCAGUAUAACUAACAAACGGAAGAGAGCGAAAAAAAAAUUAUUAUAAAAAAUUAUAACAGCAACAAGAAGAGAACAGAGAAAAAACCGCGCGUCCAAAAUUUAUUUGAGGAGAAUAAACCCGAAUAUCUAACUCAUCUUCACAUAUAGAUGUAAAAGCGGUAAUCUCAUCGAAAUCCAUAAAAUUUAUUCGUUGCUAAACAACAAAAUCACGAACUCACUCAUUUUGCUCAAACAUACACAUUAAAUCGAAUGACAAUGAAUUCAUUAAAAUGUUCGCUAAGAUUGCAACCGUAUAGACAGUGGAUUUUUGUGCUAUAUUUUGUGUUAAUAACGAUCAUCGAUUUUAGCUGUACCGUUGAUGGAUUAAGUACAACAAACGAACGAGGAGAACGUAAAUUAUUUGGUGGAUAUAGAAUAACACCGAAAUUUUGUAAACCAUCGAAAAUUCUACCGAAAGGUGAUCCACGAGCCGAAGGUCCCACCAUUUGCAUGUUUAAUCAUGAAUGUACUCAAAGACACGGCGAAGUUGUUGGCGCCUGUAUGGAUGGGUUCUUAUUUGGUGCUUGCUGCCAAUUGGCGGUAAAUGAAGCGGUUAUCGAUGAUUACAAUAAACCACUCUUGAAUCCGCUCGAUACAUUCAAUGGAAAUGAUAAUCGUGUACCAUCAAAUAAUGGGUACGGCGAGAGCGAUACCGUUUUAAUUGAAACGUCAAAGCCAUCAACGCCGGAGAUAACGUCAAUAUAUUUAUCAUCACAUGCACCAGGUCAAUCAUAUAGCCCCGAGCUACCGUCACAAGUUACAGAUUCCCUCACAACAUUCGGCACAACCAUUUCAAAUAAAAAGAAAACCCAAAACACAAAACAACCGCAUCAAACAAAACCAAUACCAUCAAAGUAUGGCAACAGUGGUAGCACGGACAAAUAUGUCUUAGUGCAAACAUUGUCAAAUGAUAAGAAUGUUGCAUCGUCAAAACCGGGUGCUGUUUAUGACAAUGAAAUCAAUUCCAUUGAGUCGAUUAUUCUGAUGUUGAACGAUACAAAAACCGGUCCACAAUAUGAUACAGAAGUAAAACCACAAACAACAUACGAAUAUACGAGCAGUGGUUUGCCAACUAAAUACGGUAGCUCAUCAUCGGCUGGCAAUUUUUACAUUACAACUAAACUACCAUCAUCAUCAACAACAUCAUCAUCGCCAAUUUCAUAUAUACCGUCAACAAAACGUCCAACCAUAUACAAUGUUACAUAUACAACAUCACAAAAUGCAAUAACAUCGAUUUUCACACCGUCAACAACACCAUCAACAUUGGCCACCAUUUUCCAAAAGGUUCCAAUUUUAACGCAUUCCAGCUCAAUCACCACAAAAUCACCAUCAACUAGUUAUGUGUACAGUACGAUCAUUCCAAAACGUCCCACAUCGUCCAAUUCAAAUCCAAAUCGUAUCAGUUCAACCACAACAUCAUCGAAAAAACCAACAAAAUCAUCAACGGCAAAUAAUGCAAAAAAACCAGUGCAAAAAGUGACACAACGUCCAAUUUCAACGAGCUAUGUCAGCGGACCAACACCAUCACGACCAACAUAUUCGCCAACCAAACGACCGGCCGUAUCUGCGUACACAACACCAAACAAACAACAAUCAUCAGAAGUACCGAUCAUUAAUAAAAUUGGCUCAAGCACACCCGCACCAACUGUUAUCGUUCUCGGUCCAUAUGGACUUGGUUCAACGGAGAAUCCAUCGCCAACGAUUCACAUAACACCAAAACCGACCGCCAAUUUUGUAUCGUCCAGCACAAGUUGGACGGUUAGUCCAGAUUUGAAUAAAUAUACUCCAUCGAAAAUACCAAACACAUCACAAUAUGUGUCAUACAGUCCAAUUUUAACAAAACGUCCGGGACAAAAUGAACCAUCGAUUUAUACACCAGGUGUCGGUCCAAUUCUGUCCAAUGAAUUUGAUGAUACCGGUUACUAUGGACUUACAUCGACAACAACAAGACCAUUCAUUGCGAAUAUACAGCAAACGGUGACUUCAGCGUCCAUUUAUGCGGUUGUCGAUGAAAAUGGAUUUCCUGGAACGGCAACACCAAACGAUGAUUUAUAUACAUCACCAAAUGAUUUAAUCAAUUUUCCACCGGUACGAAAUCCAAAUUUAAACGCAACCGCACAAAUACCGGGCGCAACAAUUGAAGAUUAUGACAUUUCAACGCCACAAUUUAUCGAAGAUGAAUUGCUCAAUGACAAAAUGAAUUUAUUGGUGAACAAAAUUGUUGAGUCACUCAAAGAUAAUUUCCAUGAUUUAGCUGAUAUUGUUGAGAAUAAGACGGUGACAAAGCGACCACAAUCAACGGCAACAACAAUUCAACAACGACCGAUUACAACAUUACCAACGAAAAAACCACCACAACGAGCAACAACCACCACUAGACGUCCAACUACCUUAACCAAACCAACAACCAAUCGACCAAAUCGAAGAACAACAAAAAAACCACAAACCACCGUUCUCAAUCGGGUUACAACCACCAAACGACCAACCACAAAACCACCAAAACGACAACCAACAACAACCGUUCAACAGGAAUACGAAGAGGUUACUGACGCCAUCGAAGAGAGCGACGAGGAUGUUGGAGAAGAAACGGCCGAAGAGGAAAGCACACCAUACUUUGAAAGCGGACGUGUCCAAUGCGGUGUUCGACCUCAUGUGAAAUCUGGUCGAAUUGUUGGUGGAAAAGGUGCAACGUUUGGUGAAUGGCCGUGGCAAGUUCUAGUCCGAGAAUCAACUUGGUUGGGUCUGUUUACCAAAAAUAAAUGCGGUGGUGUAUUGAUUACGAAAAAUUAUGUUAUGACUGCUGCUCAUUGUCAACCAGGCUUUUUGGCAUCAUUGGUGGCUGUAUUUGGGGAAUUUGAUAUUUCUGGUGAUUUGGAGAAGAAACGAUCCGUUACGAAAAAUGUGAAACGAAUUGUUCCUCAUCGUGAAUAUGAUGCGGCUACAUUUGAAAACGAUUUAGCAUUGCUUGAAUUGGAGAGUCCAAUUCACUACGAUACGCAUAUUGUUCCAAUUUGUUUGCCAGAUGAUGGGGCCGAUUUUACCGGUCGUAUGGCAACAGUCACUGGAUGGGGUCGCUUGAAGUAUGGCGGUGGCGUUCCAUCUGUUCUACAAGAAGUUCAAGUGCCAAUUAUCGAAAAUGAAGUGUGUCAGGAAAUGUUCCACACAGCUGGACACAAUAAAAAGAUAUUGUCAUCAUUUUUAUGUGCUGGAUAUGCAAACGGACAAAAAGAUUCAUGUGAAGGUGAUUCAGGCGGUCCUCUUGUUUUGCAACGGACAGAUGGUCGAUGGGAGUUGGCUGGAACUGUUUCACAUGGUAUUAAAUGUGCUGCACCAUACUUGCCUGGCGUCUAUAUGAGAACGACAUACUAUAAACCAUGGUUGGAAAGCAUAACAGGAGUUUGAAACAAUCAACGAGCAAAAUAAAUUGCGCUAAUAUAAUGUUAUACGCUAUAUGUGCAUAUAUAUGCAUAUAUGUUUUGAAAAUGCAGAAUACGUCAUCCCACGCACAACAAAACUAAUUUUUCGCCCCCAUUCCACACACCACCAUCCAUUGACCAGUGAGACAACAAAACAUUGACGAAAAAAAAACGGAAACUAAUGCUAUAUAUACAUACAUAAUAUUAUUGAUUGGGGAAGCGAGUGCAACCCUUGCAUCAUAUGUGAAUAAAUCAAGGUUUUUUUUUUCAUUCAUUCACUAAUUUUUUCAUACACACAAAAAACACAACAAAAUAAGAUUAUUACUGUUAGGAAACCCAACUAAUUUAUUUAAAUGAUGAAUUAUAAUGACAAAGAGCGAAAUACACGGAAAACGUCAGAGUUGAAUCAUGUAAAAAAGAAAGAACACAAACAAAAUAUAUUAUGUUCAUGCAGUUUCUAUACUGGAGCUAACGCGUGUGUGUGUGUAGUCAAUUCUAUUUUUUAUUAAUGCUUGUACAAAUGAAUGUAUCAACUAAUGAUGUAUCGACUGUUGUUUGAAUGACAUGCUAUCUUUCUUAACUUACUAAAAUUUAAAAUUUAAUAAUUUAUUUAAUUUAUUCAACUAUUUUACAUAAAACAUUUUUUAAAAAAUGCUUUUUUUGCUUAUUUAUUUUCAUAGCAUUAGAAAUGUUUUCAUAAAUUAUUCAAGCAAAGCCACUUGCCUGGUUUGGCAUUCAUUCUGGCGUCAUUGUUGCUAUUACAAAUUCAAUGCAAUGCUAAAAUCUCGGAAUUUCUUUCUCUUUUAAAAUAAACAUCUACUAUUUUUCUUUCCGUUCAAUAUAUUUUCAUUUUGAAUGCAUUUUGUGAGACAGUGGUUGUGCUUUUGCCACAAACACACACAUACACACACACAAAACAAAUAUUGUUGCAUAGAAUUCAUUGAAAAAGAGAAAUAAACAAAAAAAUAAACAUUGAACAUGUUUU